GAUGAAUGUGGGGGUGGCACACAGUGAAGUAAACCCCAACACCCGAGUGAUGAAUAGCCGGGGCAUCUGGCUGGCCUACAUCAUCUUGGUAGGACUGCUGCAUGUGGUUCUCCUCAGCAUCCCCUUCUUCAGCAUUCCUGUUGUUUGGACCCUGACCAACGUCAUCCAUAACUUGGCUAUGUAUGUCUUUCUGCAUACUGUGAAAGGGACACCCUUUGAAACCCCUGACCAAGGAAAAGCUCGGCUACUGACACACUGGGAGCAGAUGGACUAUGGGCUCCAGUUUACCUCUUCCCGCAAGUUCCUCAGCAUCUCUCCUAUAGUACUCUACCUCCUGGCCAGCUUCUAUACCAAGUAUGAUGCUGCUCACUUUCUCAUCAACACAGCCUCACUGCUCAGCGUACUGCUGCCUAAGUUGCCCCAGUUCCAUGGGGUUCGUCUCUUUGGCAUCAACAAGUACUGAGGGAUGGCACAGGGGACAGCUCCACAGGGGUGGAGAAGACAUUGGAAUAAAAGGCUGUAA